CCUUGCGUUCCACUUCUCAUUAUCAUCGUGUGCCCUUCCACAACCCCAGCAGCUCGCCUUGUGCCUCAACAGCCAAAGGAGGAGUCAGUGUUGUUGCGAGACAGAGAGGAAAAUCAGAUCAAACCAGAGCGAAACCCAGACGCGCGUUAGAGUCUACCAAGCUUAUCCCUCCGCCGUCCCCCUGAGCCUCUCUGUCAAAGCCGCUUAUAUAGCGCCGCCUCCCGGUUUGGCUUCCUCGUUUCCUCUGCUUCCUCUGUUUCAUUCCUCACGAGGUAAAAAGGAAAAUUCCAACACGAGCCACAGAAAUAUAAGCGCACGUACACACUUUCGCUCGUACGUACAGUAGUACUAUCGCUGUACUCUGCGGUGUGCUGCUGCCUCUUUUCGGUGUAACCCUGCCGUGACUGACGCUAACCUGCGACAAGUCGAGCAGAGCUAGCUAGACAUGGCACUGACGGUGUUCGAGACCGCGGAGCAGCGCCUGCCCUGCCACGUCGUCGAGCACGCCGAUGGCGGCGGCAGCAAGGUGGUCGCCGCCGAGCAGGCCGUGCCGCUGCAGGAGACGGACCACGGCGGCAACAACGAGGACAGCCAGCCGAGGCCAGAGAGGGACGACGUGUGGAACAUGAUCCAGUCGCAGGCGCAGACGAAGCCUGCUGCCGCCCCGGCAGCGAGGCAGCAGGGGCCGUCGUACGUGCGGCGGUCCUCCUCGAGCCUGCUCACCCAGAAGAGCCUGGAGAUCUGCACCGAGAGCCUCGGCUCCGAGACCGGCUCCGACGGCUUCUCCGACGCCGGCACCGACCGCCAGGACUCCGACGACGACGAACACGCCAGCGAGGAGGCGGCCGCAAAUUUGAAGAUGCCGGCCAGGGCGUUCCCGCCGCCGCUGCCGUCGCUGGCCCGGCGCACGGUGGCGUCGACGCUGCAGAUGCGGCAGCACCGCCGCGACGGCCGCCUGCUGGUCGAGGCCGUGCCCGUGCUGUCCACCACCCUGUUCCGCGCCCAGCGCCGCGGCGGCCGCCUGCUCCUCUGCUUCGCCGACACCGCCUCGGACCAGGAGAAGAGCCGCGGCCCAGAACCCGAGAGCGACCCACAGGCCGAACAGGAAACCCACGAGGAGGACGUGGUGGUGGAGGAGGAAGAAGAUGAGGAGGUUGAGGUCGUGGACAGGGGCACGGUCGUGGAAGUCAAGGUGGUCAGCACGCAGCCGCAGGCGCACAGCACCGGAGCGCGGGUGCACCGCUCCUCGCUCGUCAUCAACAAGUUCGUCGGCGCCGAGCCCGUCGGCGCCUCCGAGAUCAACGACGCCGCUGCACCACAGAAGGUCCCGAGUACUCCCCCGACGGUCGCGGCGGCGGCAGCUUCGGCUCUGAGCGCGGCACAAGUUGAGCAGCUGCCGGAGGAGGGUGAUGACGGCACCACUAGCGUCGGCAAGCCGAGCGAAGGGAAGCUGCUGAUGACGACGAGGCGGCGGCGGAGCAAGCAGGAGCUCCUCAAUCACAUGCGCCGGUGCGGGCAGCUGAGCGGGCAGCUCUUCAUAUGGGAGCCGCGCGUCGCCACCUCCUCCUGAUGAGGCUCGCUCAUCAUAUCGAUCGAUCGUCGCACAGUACGGCGAGCCGCCGGCCGCCUCUUCAUUCCGGCCCAUUCCAUGCCUUCUACGAGUGCUAUGUUCGUUUUUUUUUUCCUGUCGUCGCGGUUGUUGCUGGCAGUUGGUGUAAUAACGUAACGUGCGUAGUAAUCGUGUUUCGUAGUAAGUGAUCGAUAAUCACGUGAUUGGCUUAUAGCCGAACGAGUGAGCGAGGGAGAGUGGGAGUGAGGUAGAGGUACUCGAUGGGUUUGGUCUAUCCUCGUGCCUCGGCGCACGUGUUGUAUCGAUCUACCUGCGUGCUUCUAGAGGUCAUAAUUAUGAUUAAGAUGGAUAUUUUUGUCUACUUGGAUGGUUGUUGAAGAUCAGUUGACCAAGGCUCGUUAUCAUC